UCCCCUCGAGUCUCCUCAGAGCUCGAGCAGGCCCGGCCUCAGACAAGCGGGGAGGAAGAGCUCCAACUGCAGCUGGCGCUGGCGAUGAGCCGGGAAGUGGCGGAGCAGGAGGAGCGCCUCAGACGCGGAGAUGAUCUGAGAUUACAGAUGGCUCUGGAGGAGAGUCGCAGAGACACAAUUAAAAUUCCCAAAAAGAAGGAGCUUGGUCAUGCUCUUGAUUAAAGCUCAGCUUAUUCCUGCCCUCAGCAUACCACUCUGUUGGACCUAAUGGAUGCCCUGCCCUCUUCGGCACCGGCCCCACCGAAAACGGAGCCUUGGGGACCUCCUGCUGUUGCAAACCAAACCGAUCCCUGGGGAGGAUCCACAGUUGCAGCUACUGCCUCUGACCCGUGGCAAUCAUUUGGUGCCAAACCAGCUGCUUCCGUCGACCCUUGGGCAGCACCGGCAGGAUCCACAGCUCAGCCUAUGUCCAAAAAUGUUGACCCUUGGGCUCCUGCUCAGCCGUCUUCUACUGCAGCAAAAUCUUCUGUGGAUCCUUGGGGGCCAGCACCGGCCAACAAACCUCUCUCUACUUCUGGAAGUACAUCUUUUGACCUCUUCAGUAAUUUGAAUGGUACAGUUAAAGAUGAUUUUUCUGAAUUUGACACACUUCGAACUUCCAAAAAGCCAGCUGAAUCAGGUUCCACUUUGCCAUCUCAGCAUAGCGGUACCACAAGUCCCGAUCUCUUUGAUUCCCAGCACUCGAGCGUGACAUCAGGCAAACAAAGCGCAGCUCGGAAAACCCCCGAGUCUUUCUUGGGCCCCAAUGCUGCUUUGGUGAACCUGGAUUCACUGGUGUCUAAGCCGCCGCAACCUGUUACUUCCCUGAAUCCAUUCUUGGCGCCAGGCGCCGCUACAGCACCAACUCCAAUCAACCCUUUCCAAGUGAAUCAGCCUCAGCCCCUCACUCUAAAUCAGAUGAGAGCGAGCCCGGUGAUGGGAACCAGCCCCUCCUUCAGCACCGUGCCACCGAUGAGCAUGGAGCCAAUACCUCUGUCUUCCAUGGCCCCCGUGCCCGUGGGGAUGGCACCGAUACCAGCUAUGGGCACCGUGGCAUCCAUCACGAGGAUGGGCCAGGGGCUGAACGUGAGCAUUGCAGGAUCAAUGACCCAACCUCUUCACAGUACAGGAAUCCCGCCGUCAGCGUCCCAGCCUACAAAUACAACUAACCCUUUUCUCCUAUAAAGACCCGAUUAAAGGAACUUUCUUUUCA